UAAACCAAACAGGGGCUAGAUAAUUGAGUUACUGCUUUUUCACUUUUAUUUGAAAUAUUUGUCAACUUGUUCUUGCAGAAACAUCUCCAUGGUACUGCUGCUGGGGAAAAUUUUCUUUUAGUACACCCCAUAUAGUCAUUUUAUGUCUCUGUUUCAUGAUAUAUUAUUCUUCUGCUGUGAAAGAUCGUUUAAUACAUGACAUAAUAGUCAUUUUAUGUAUCUGUUUCAUGAUAUAUGUUCUGUUAUGCAAUGGUUUCCUGCCAUAACAUUUUCACUGUAGGCUGACAUCUUUCGUGGAGAAAACAACAUUGUUGAUUUGUAUGUCAUGCUCCUUAGAUUUUCAAGUUUGGUUAUGGAUACGAUACCAUGCCAUCGAGAUUAUCGGGUAUCUCCACAGAGCGACAAUUUUUAUCUUAAAAAGAAAUUAAUAAAUGCAAUAGCUGAGCUUGAGAAACUGAAGCCAGCUGUACAACUGAAACUCCAGGAGUUACACAAUAGGAAACAACCUAGCACUAACCAAAAUAAUUCUAGGGAAUAUUCGCUGGGAAGUCCUAUUGUCAAACAAGAAAGGUGGAAUACUCAUAGUAGAAUCGAGAUGAGUCUGCCUGCUGCUAGUGAAUUUGCAUAUCAAGGUCUGAAGACUCAACAUCUCUCUCUUGUUAAACCGAUGGAAGAGCAUCACCGUCGAAUGUUAGUAUUUUUGUGAGAAACCAUUCUUCAUUCUUCGUGCACAAAGCAUGCC